UGAAACCAUGGCAAGUGUUGCUUGAAUUAAAUAUAUAAUUUGUUAUAGAAACACAUUAAAUUAAUAAACAAUAUAUUUAUUUCCUAUUCCAGAGCACUCGUUCUAAAACUAUGACGGAGUCUAUUGAUUCUGAAUCUACAGAAAGUUCACUGGUCUACGAUCGCUGGACGAACAACAUAAGUUACCGUCAGCUGGUGGUGUCGGCCUGCAUCGGUAUCUUCCAAGUAUGGUGGCACCCAUACCUUCACGACUUCCGAAGGUUGCUGCCCUUUAUCUUCCUCUACAAUAUCUUCAGCGUACUCAUUGGGUAUCCACUGUUUUACCUGGAGCUUGCGCUGGGAGUGGCCACCAAGAAGAGUGUGCUCAACUGCUGGGAUAUAGCGCCGAUGUCACGAGGCAUAGGUUUCGCGAUGCUAUCCACGUGCGUGUUCAGUGCGCUAGCGACGGGUGGGGUGGGGGCGUGGUGCCUGGCGCUGACGGUGCACUCGGUCCAUACAUUCCUGCCGUGGCUGCACUGCGCUGCAGACUCACAGCCACCCUGCGCGGCACGGCACCGCCCGCUACCAGCAGGGAGUGAAACACCCCCGCAGUCCUUCUUUUAUAACUUCGUGUUGGACCUGAAGCGUGAUGGUUUGGUGGGAGGUCUGGGCAACGUCGUAUGGGAGCUACUGAUCUACUACGUGAUAUGCUGGAUACUCAUCUACUUCAUAGUCAUCAAACGGAUGUACAGCUUCUCGAAGUUGGUGAUGUUCAAAGACGUGUUGACGUACUUCGUGCUGGUGUGCGUGGGUGUGGGCGCAGUGCAGCUCAAGGGAGCCACGCGCAUGUUCAAAGACUGCGACUGGAGCGUGCUAUUUGAGAGCUUAGAGAUAUGGCGCGAAGCGAUGGAAUACUCGUUGAUAGAGAUGACAGUGUGCCAAGGUUCUCUGAUAAUGCUGGGCUCGUACUGCCCCAAGGUGCAGCACAAGCUUGGUACCACGGCAAUGCUUGCGUUCGCCGUCUCCAAGUCCAGUUGUAUGACAGCUGCGCUUGUACUCGGAGCUACGCACGGAGCCUUGUAUAAAGACUACGAAAAUUCCACUAAUAUUUGGCCCGGCGCGUCCUCGUCGAUGAUUCUCUGGUCGGACUACGUGGCGCGUAUACCCGGCAGUCAGUUCUGGUCCGCUCUCAUAUUCUUCACACUGUUCGUCUUAGCACUUACCACAACGGCGCUGUCGGUACAAACAAUAAUGUCGGCGUUCACCGGACACUCGAUCAGGAAAAUCACGUGGGCCUUCCUCAUACUGAUUUGUCUGCUCUUCUGCUUGAUCGGAACCAUAACUCUGUGUACACAGGGUGGUUUGUACGUAGUGAACUUCUUAAUUAACUGGCCGGCAUCGAAGCCUCGUGUGCCUGUCGCAGCAUUGAUCGCCACUGUAGUCACCUACGUGUACGGACAGACCACUUUCUGUGAAGAUGUGUACUUGGCAAUCGGCGAAUAUCCCAGUGUGUUCAUGAGGAUCUGUUGGGCACUCUCACCCGCCCUAAUGAUGUGUAUUUUUGCUGGCGGUGCGGCCACGUGGGAGACGAGCGAGGCUAUGGCCGGCUGGCUACUGUUGGGUGCGGCCAUGAUACCAAUCAUCAUCGUUAUGCUGAUAUACGCCAUGUUCAAGUGCAGAGUCCGAGUAAGUACAACUUUUGCUGCAUUCAGACACAAGUUGAACUCUUAAAUAGUUAUUUGUGUGCGGAAACUACAACAGUAGAGGUAGAUAUGUAUGUGAUAAUAACUUUUUAUUCUGCUUCCAGAAUAUCGUUCGAGACGAAAAGUAAUCGUUUAACGUUAAAGUGCAUCGUUUGUAUUUAACAGUUAUUGCAUUAUUUGAAUGAUAAAAUGAAAGAUUUAGAUCAGAAUGACAUCUUAUUUUAUUCACAAAAUUUUUCAUAACACCAAUUUGUUACCAAAAUAAAGGAUUAUUUUAUAAUUAGUCAUACACACAUAUCCACAUAACAACUUAGAACGCUGAUCAUAAUAAAUAAUGUACGAUGUUUAAACAUUGGCAUUUUUUUUGUCUUUUUUAAAGUGGACAUUAUCUAUUAUGACCAACAGGAGUAUUUUUACACAAUAAUUAAUUCAGUUGGAUAGUGAAAUGUUAAAUCAGCUUCGCUUGAUUGGGAAAAACACUCCUUCUAAUUAAU